ACAGCAACGCCAUGGCGCUCCCCUUCUCCCCUCCGCCCCGUGCGCCGCGUCUCAUGGACAUGCUGUGGCGCAGUGCAGCUGCCAUUCCAUCACUCUACGAGACUCCUGUCCGACACGACGAUCCCUCGAUCUGCCCAGGCCCGCGCGCACGGAAAUCCACGGACCACACGAAAUACACGAAGCAUACGCUGGUCACAUGUCACGUGCAACGCCACGUGUCGCAGACACCUGUCGCCCGCUCAGUCCGCGACAGGCUGCUGAUCGUUGAUCGCGUCGUCCGUCCGUCGCCCUCGGGUUUAGGGGCCGUUAUGCCGCGCCGUCACUUGCCGGUCAGUUUGCCGAGUCGUUCUAGGUCGGCACCUGGACUAUCAGUCCAGUCCGCCGAUCGUAGUUGUCGUUUCGCAGCGCCAGUAUGCCGCGAGGGGCUUUCUUCCACGGCUGUCACAGUUUCCAAGGUUGCCAGGGCUGUCUGAGCAUCUCCGUGCUGCCUAUAUCUCUGCUGCCUGCUGUGCGCUUCUGUGGUCGUACUUGAAGGAUUCUGCUGGUUCAGCUGAUUCAUUCCAUCGACACGAGAUCAACACUGCCACUGUUGCAACCACUAACCAGUACUAAUAGCCAGCAGUUCUGCCAGCAGUAGGCGCGCAUACAACUCUCUAAGAAAUAGCGACUCUCGCGUACGACCGUCGGACAAAAUCCGUGCUUCUUGCCUUGCGCCUCUCGCGGCAACAUCAUACGGCUUGAGCAGCCCAGCGGUGGUCGCUACGAGCAAGCAGACAGCGGAGUCACUUAUCCCGGAGCGAACCCCUCCUCUCCUUAUCAUCCCGCCAUCUGAUCUCCUCGCCUCCGCCGUGUGUUCCCCGCCAAGAAAGACCCAAUAACAGUCCGCUAGCCAGCAAGAACCGGGGCGGGAGCGUGCUAUUGACCCAACUCAACGGCCUUCGGAGCACUGCCAGCCAACUGCCAGCCAUGGAUAUUUCUCUCAGCUGUGCAGCAGCCAAGGGUUCGUGGAAGCCGCUUCCUGCUGCUGCCCCAAGCACCUUCCUCGAGCCAGGGGUCCUCGCACACGCGUGCACACAAACGCGUUGCGCCAGCGCUGCUGCUGGGCCUGCUGCUGCUGGCGCUGGUGAUGGCGCUGCUGUGUGUGGUGCAGUGACUGUGGAGUGCGGUGGGCGAGGCGAGGGGGGGGUCAUGGCGUUCGGGAGGAGGGCCGGGGGUGGAUGCUGCGUGCCCGCCAGGGCUCUCCCGUGGAUUCUUCUUGCUGCUGUUGUUGGUGCUUGCGUGCUGCUGGCAUACACAGGUGCCGGUGGCGCUCUGAUACCACCUACAUCCAACAAUGCACCAGCAGCAGCAGCAUCUCACACGCCAACACAUGUCGCUGCAGCGGCCAUACGCUUGCCACUCUUGUCAUCGUCAUCAUCAUUAACACGAGUGCUCACCUUAAUACCAGCCGGCCUCAGUUUUCCACCCACUCUGACCCAACGUUUUCAACUUCCCCACCCGCCACCUCCUCCUCCUCGUCCCUCCCCCCCUCCUCCCGCUCCUCUCCCCGCCUCGCUCUCCACCCCCUGGUCCUCCAUCCACUACCGCCUGUCCCGCAAGACCAUUGGGCUGCCGGACAUAGUCCCCGAGCAGACUGGCAACCAGGGCAUGCUGACGAACCAAAUCCAGUUCAACACGCAGAUCGCCGAGGCGUUAGCCGGUGGCAAGGUGUCACAGAACAACUCGCAGGCGCAGGACGUCACCACAGCCGCUCCUUCCACCUCUUCUAAGUCUCCCCCCCCGCCGCCGCCGUGCGAGGAGAAAGACAAGAAGUGCAGGGAGGAGCAGAAGCAGCAGGCGAAGGAGCAGCUAGCGACGGACGUGAACCAGGUGCACGAGGACGUGCGACAGGUGGGGCAGGACGUGCAGCAGCUGGCGCACAAUGCCACCCGGUGGGUGCCGCGAACCCCGCUGGAUCUUGCAUUCACGUUCCCGUCUGCCCCGGACUACCAGAGGGCGUUUGCUGAGGUCAUUCCGGACGGGGCUGAUGGGAUCUUUGUGAAUCUCUCUGGUGGGCAGGGUUGAGUUUAGUGCAGUGUGCUUGCUAUGUGCGUGAUAUGAGAGUGUUCGACUCCACCUCUCAGCUCGAGCCCGCGAUUGCACCGUUUACUGCUGCUGCUAUUCUAUUGUAUAGACCUUAGGGCCAUAAGGGUCUAAAGCAAACGUUUGCCAGUAUCCAGGUGUACUGCUUAUCAGAAUGAGUAGUAGUUGAGUAGAAUAGAAGGAUACACGGGUAUAUAGACUAGGGGUUGUACCCUCUGAGGCACAAUCCAGUAUAGUCUACAGUAACUACAUUUGACACUGC